AUGUUACAGAAAGAAGGGUAUUUGGAGAGCGCGGGGCGUGAGGGUGGAACAGCCGCGAUGUCGUCCAUUCUCAAAAGAACAUCCGCGAUCUCUCGCAUGGCUCGGUCGGCCCGUGAUUUAAAGCUGAGCUCUCCUACGUACCGAAGCUCGACAUCUUUCUUACCGUACAAGUUAUGGGUCUCGACUCUUACGGGCUCUGUAGCCAAAAGAUCCGAUCGUGAUCAUCGGAAUAUUCAAUCUCACAAUGGUUCCGUCCCGAAAGUGGCUAAAUUUUCAAGUCAACCAAGUAACGCGCUGUUGCGCGACGAUCUGCCGCGUCAGCCUGUGCCUGAACUUCGUGAUACACUCCAGAAGUACUUGAGAACUGUUAAGCCGCAUGUCACUGAUGAAGAAUUCUCGGUAACGGAGAAAGCUGUGAAAGACUUCGCCGCUCCAGGCGGCCUCGGGGAAAAGCUGCAGAAACUACUGAAAGCCAGAGCUGCUUCGACUGACAGUUGGUUGGCGGAGUGGUGGCUUAAUCUCGCCUAUCUCCAAUACCGUCUACCAUUACCUGUUUGGAGUAGUCCAGGUAUUCUGCUUCCGCAACAAGAAGUUUCAACUUUGGAUGGCCAGCUGAAACUCGCCGCGAGGGUCAUCGCUGGGAUUCUGGACUACAAAUCCAUUAUUGACAAACGCGCGGUACCGCAAGAAUGGUCGGGGAAAAAUCCAAUGGAUAUGUCGCAGUACUAUUCCAUUUUUUACACCUGUCGCAUCCCGGGAAGAACUGUUGACAAAUUGGUGCAUUACGGAGAUGUCCAUCCGCUUCCUACACAUUUGGUUGUGUUGCGAAAUAAUCAUUUCUUCCACAUGGAUGUGUAUGACAAAAGCGGGGAGCAGGCACUUUCAGAGGAGCAGAUUGCAGAGCAACUGUGGAGUAUUGUUGAUCAAUCGCAGAGCCCGGGAAUCCCAUUAGGAGUAUGUACUAUGGACAAUCGGGCAAAUUGGGGAGCAGCCUAUGAUGCCCUGAGGCAAGCUAAAGGGAAUAAGGCAAUCCUGGGCUCCAUCAACUCCUCCAUUUGCGUUAUUUGCCUGGAUGGUCCUAAUCCGGACAUGCCCGAGCAUGCCCCGGAUGAACGUACUGUUGCCGCUUUAGAAAUGAUCCAUGGCUGUGGGAACAAGAGUAAUUCCGGUAACAGAUGGUAUGACAAGACAAUUCAAGUUAUUAUCGGCACCAAAGGUCAGCUAGGAAUGGCUUACGAGCACUCGCCUGCUGAAGGACCUCCGAUUGCCAAUCUUACCGAUCAUGUGAUGGAUUUUGUAACGGAGAAGAAAAAGGCUGUUGGUAAAUCCGCAAUGAGCGUCCAUCCUCCGAAGAAGCUAGAUUUCAAUAUCCCUUCAUCGGUUCGCGACGCCAUUGAAACUGCUCAACAAGAUCUUGAUGGGAUGGUGUCUGACCUGGAAAUGACGAUGUAUACGUUUCCCCACUAUGGCAAGAACCUCAUCAAGACGUUCAAGAUGUCUCCGGACUCUUUCAUCCAAAUGGCCAUCCAACUGGCGUUCUACAGGAUUCAUGGGGAACCCGCUGCAACGUAUGAAAGUGCUUCAACGCGCAAGUACCUUCUCGGUAGAACUGAGGCCAUCCGGUCGUGCUCUAUGGAAUCACUGGAAUUUUGUAAAGCCAUGAUGAGUAGGGCAGUUUCUAUAAACGACAAGGUCCAGGCCCUGAAGAACGCUGUCGAAGGGCACAAGAAAUAUGUGAUUGAAGCAUGUGAUGGGUACGGAGUAGACAGGCAUUUGUUGGGCUUGAAGCAGACCGCGAUUGAGAAUGGUAUGGACAUUCACGAAAUGUUCCUGGACCCCGGUUAUACGAGAUCGAGUCACAUGCGUUUGUCAACAUCCCAAGUUCCUGCGCGUUAUGACACAGUGAUGUGCUUUGGUCCCCUCGUGCCCGACGGCUACGGGUGUUGCUACAACCCGCGACCAGACUCGAUCAAUUUCGGGUUGUCUGCCUGCCUAACGAGUCCGGAGACGCACUCGAGGAAAUUGCGGGAUGCCCUGGGGGAGAGCUUGGAAGAUAUGCGAGAUGUGCUGUCUGCGGGUUCUGCGAAACUCUGAAGCUAUGCAGUACAGUACUGUACUUGUCACGUGAUUGAUUGUCGUCUCAACAGUGAGACCGAGAGCUGAAUCGUUCGUUGCCCUCUUUGAAUCAUUGGGAGGAGAAAUUUUCAAAUCUUGGCGAUGACAACUCCGCCAUCUUGGUAUGCUGCUGCUGCUGCUGUGAAUUGAUGAUUGCUGUGUGCCUCUGAUGCGGUUUGGCAUUGAAUUAUUGGAAGAAAAAUGUGUUUUCGAUCGCCGCCGUAUAUUUGUUCAAUCUGUGAAAUGGAAUACAGAGAUACGAUUUUUUUCAUGCAA